AUGGGAUGGGUGUUUUUGGCUGAUGAAAAAGGGGGUAGGUUACAGUUAUUGGAAUCAAAUUCUACAUUGGAGGAUUUAAAGAGAAUGGUGUUUGAGGAUUUUGAUAUGGAAGAAGCCAAAUUGGUCGAUUUGGAGUUGAGUUAUUUACCUCCUGACUUGAUCAAUACAUGA